AUGGAUGAGCCUAUGGAUGAAGGAGGCCCUUCGCGCAUCCCCGGGCUGAACCUGGCUGGUAACCCCCCUUCGGAAAAUGCGCCAGCUUCUGCGAGUCGCCUACCCGUGGCUCGUCGAUCAGACAGAAUCCAGGACCUCUUGGAAAUAAUUAUCUUGACUUUCCGCUUCGAUUUCGAGCGCCUCCCGCCUGAAGCCCAACGAUCGUACAAUCGCUUUCUAGAAAACAAGAGCUAUAAUGAGUUCGCGGCUACACUGAAGCGCUUGGUAUUGGGUAGAAGACUGGACGGCUUCAUGCAGGGAUCGUCUAAUUGCCUGAUUGCUGUCACAAAGUUAUUUGACAGUAGAUACCCCCAUCUAGGCCUCAAAAAGCUCCGUGAUGACUUAGUGAGCGGUAGAAAGAGAGCUGGAUCGGGGGCCUUGUCACGUCGCCGGUCACCACAGUCGUCACCACGCCGAGCACAAAAGGAGGCCUUGCGUGAGACUCGAAACGAGCAAGCCGGCGAAUCUUCACGGCGGACCUCUCAAGCAAAUUUGGCUAGCACCCUUACCUUGCCUGGGCGAGUUCGUACAAGAGCACGCCCCGAAGGCCGAGUGGUGCAUUGGGCUCGAAUCGAACCCAGUUCCACUCAGGCUGAGCCAGAAACCGCCGGCCUUUCGAGUGAUGUUCCGCCUACUCCUAUUGAGCCUGCAGAGCCUGCAGAUAAUCUGGAAGACCAGUCUGUCCCUACCCAGAGGCCUUUAAUACCCAGUUUCGUGAUUAGUACUCGAACGGCCCCUGUAGACCAAGGCAGUAACCAACCAGCAGCUGAAGGGUCCGGGCCUGAACAGACACGCCGAGAAGAGAAUAUAGCUUGGCUGAAAGACUAUAACGAAGCACUCGGUGGUCCAAAGUAUGACUUUAAUCUACACCCCUACAAGGGAUGGAAGAUUGAGCCGCCAGAGAUCCUACUUCAUCGUGCGAGAAACUUCCUUGCCGAUGAAGAUAUCGAUCGGACUCCGAACUGGGGCCAAAAGAUUGCAGAACUGACUGAAUACUUCUCGUACCUUCUUCACAAUUGGCAGGGUGAAGAAUGGGGCGCAGAACUACAUGAAGCUAUUGACAUGCUUCAUACCCACUGGCUAUUUGAGCAGUAUCACUAUGGCAAGCCCGAGCUGAACCUCAAAUUCGAUAAUUUGUGGCCAAAAUAUAGUAAGAGACUGCCACCAGUUCCUGGUAUCGAGGUCAUUGUCGAGAAGCCACAAAGCGAAAUGGCCGAGCGCAGACUGCUCCUCAACGAGAUUCGACCAGCCAUUGAUCUUCACUACAAGUUGUCUCGCGAUGAUCUCGAACGUUACAUCAACCUCUAUGCAUCCGAAGCCUCCAAAUUCUGGGAAUCUGCACCUCAUUCGCGAUCUUCCCGUCAUGAGCUCGUCAAGAUUGAGAACAAGGCCUUUGAGAAGUGCGUCUCUUCGGGCAUGUCAACAACCGGCAGACUCAUCAGAAGAUCUGAAGCAAAGUUCAAGUCGGAGUCUCACCAAAACAACUUCAGUCAAGGUGCUCUUCAGGCGUUUGCCACGUUUCGUGGAAGUCAACGAGCAGCCCUCCAACAGACCUUGAACCAAGUGGACAAUUCUGAGAAUCUUGCAGUCUGCAAUAUUUUCCGCACGCUCAUCCUACCGCCACCUAAAAUACCAGAGAAGCCAGACGCAGGUGUCCUCUUUUCUACUAUACAAGUAGCAGAUGUUCCUGAAGAGGAGUCUCGUGACCCUUUCAGCUACACUGUGGCGCAUAGAUGGUACCUCGAAGCAGAGCGUUUCUGGAGAGACUGGGGGGACGAGUACGCCCUCAAACAAUGCUAUAGUCACAAGCAAUGGGAGGAACGCCAACAGCCCAUCGUGGAUUUGCCUAAGAACUGGUUGGGUCCUUUCGUUUACGAUUUUCUGGAUCACGACAUGAAGAAGACUCUGGAGUUGCUGAGGAGAUGCGAAAUCCUCCUAAGGCGUAUACUCCUACAAGACGAACGAGUACCGCGGCCCUUCCUGGCCGACAUGACACAACUGAUGCUUGCGGGACUCUCGGGUAGGCCUUGGAACGAAACUGAGCUGGACUUCAAAGGGGAAGAUUUCGUCUCUGGCUCACAGGAUUUGGCUCACAUCCGUCCCUUGGAGGAAGACUUUUUGCGAUUAUUGGGUAUGGAAUCCAUCCAUUCCAAUACUGUCGACCCAGAGAUCAACCAUGAUGGCCUCAGUCCCCUCUCUGCCAUAUUCGAACAAAGAGUUAAGGAAAUCAUGUAUCCGAGGGGCUCAGCCAGUUCCGGAUCUUACGACUUUGCUGAUUUCAUGGUGUCACUCAACGAAGUAUGUGAUGGGCCAGUGAAGCGCUGGAGAUUCUCCAACGAGGAGGCCUUGGAAGAACUGCAACUUCUUGACAGAAGGGGAGUGAUUGAUGUGUCGUUUCCUGCACCCAACCUUCAUCCUGAGCAACGCGUUCGGUGGCUCGACACUGAUGACGACCUGGACGCAUACAUGCAAGUUGUUCAAGCGAAUAGGUGUGGUCAACCCGACGAUGACGACGGCGAUGAUGGUAACGGCAGCGACGAUAGUGGUGACGGCGACGACGAAGAUGAAAUUAUGACCAUCUCAACAAACGUCAGCGUUCCAGAGUCGGAGGAUCUUGGUAACUACAUGUUUGGUCUUCCCAAAAUUGAAAACCUCCGCAGUUGGGUAGGGCUUGGGACUGCAAGUGGCAGAGAGGAAAGCGACAAAGAUAUGCCUAGAAACCACAGGUUCUUCCAACGCAUCUGCUUCCGACUUGGAAAGACUAUAAAGGACCUUCGAGAGAGGAUGGAAACAUACAGGAGGCAGCUUACACCGGAGGAGCAAGACCGUAACCGCUAUUUUCUCGACACAAUGGUGAAUGAAUGGGAAUCAAAUACUAGAACACGACCAGACUUGCAUGAGUGCAACCCCAACAAACCAUUGGACCAACUUUUCGCCCAGCCAGACUACGCGGAAAUCAUGCAUGUAUGCUACAACGAUCAUGAUUUUGGUGAGAUGGGGUACCCCGAAAUCACUUACGGAUGUCAGGACGAUAAUUACAGGCUUUCUGUUGAUAUCGUUCGGAAAGCAAUUCUCCGCGAGGCUUACGAGAACAAGAGUAUGCUGUUUCCAAACCGUAUUGAUCGCAGCGUGGAUGAAAAGGGACUGUGGACUCGAACCCCUCUUCGACGUGAGCCAGUUUGGUCCUUUGCUCAUCCUGAUCGGAGAGGCAAAGCACCACGGUUUUGGGACAUCAACCGUUGGCCGCUUCAUCUGCAAAGCGAAUCGACAGCCGAGAGCAUCAGAUCUGGACGAUUCCACAAGCCUGUUCCUUCGCCUCUAGCACCAGAAUCGACCAAGGAGCCACGGAUCUCAGGACGUUCUACUACGUCUCCCGUAUCACCUAUCUCGCCCGUAUUGCCCAAGGUUCAACGAGAAGUGCAUCGCGAGGUCCAGCCUGGAACCACGACUAUGAACCCUGACAUGACUGAAAACAUGGACACAUCCGAAAGUCAAGUCUACAGUUUCCCUGGCUUUGGUGAGGGGUUCGCUGUCACGUUCCAGGAUCUAGCGGAUUCUCGUCGAACUUUGACCACCGGAUCUUCUCAGUAUUUCCUUGGAGACACGCCUCUGCAGAAGAAGUAUAUCGAGGAUCGCAUCAAGAGUGGUAUAGAGAUAGAAGAACCACCUACUUGGACUCGACGCCUAGGUGCUCUAUUUGGUCGUCAGAACGUCCCAGUGGAUCCUGGUGCGCUGCCUGAGGUCAAUCCUCGUGAUAUUCCCCAGAGUAAGCCUCGAAGCGAGCCCGAGGUUUCAGACGAUGAGCCUACUCAAGGGGAGGGCUCUUCUGGUGGAAGUGAAGAUGUUGAAAUGGACGAAGCUGCGAUGCAACUUUGGAAAGAAUCUCAGGCUGUCCCAUCUUCAGAACGGCGCUCAUCUAGUGCCCAGGCACCUUCACCAAUUGACCCAGGGGUUCCGACUGAGCCUGAUUCUUCCUCUGUCUCCCCUGUAGAACCUGGAACUACUCAGGGAGAAUCGAGUAGCGUUUGGGGACAGGGCUUGCCCGGGGCUUUGCCUAAGCGGCUGAGACUCAGACAAGCGACAACCGAAAUACGGUCUCGCCCGGUUCAGUUGGAGAUAAUCGAGUCGGAGUCUGAGUUGCCAGAGCAGCAAGAAGAGAGCGGCCAGUCAGAAAACGAUAGUUUGUUUGGCCCGUAG